CGUCCCGUCCGUGAGCAGUGAGCUGGCCGCGGCGGAGAUUUCUCCUUCUAGUCGGAUCUUAUCUUUUUCUCCAACUGAGCUCUUUCUAGUCUUUUACGCUCUUGACACAUAUCGGAGUAGUAAAGUCGGCGCGGUUUCGCUCAGUCGCUCGCAAAUGUUUUUGUCCUUGCGCUGCGCCUCCGUGGCAAUGGAUUGAUUUCAGUGUUUUUUUUUCCUCCGACCUCUGCCUCGACCAAGUUGAGAAAACAGUCUCUCUGACCUGCGGCUUUUCUCUUUCCAGCUACAUGUUUCAUCCGGCCAGUUUUAAAAGUACCUGGCUCCGGAUGUUUCUGCACAUUUUAGGACUUUGAACUUUUUUUUCGUCCCUUGGUGCAUUUUACAGGAGGUGGCCGGGGGAUUUUAAGGAUUUCUUUUUUUGUUGUUGUUGUUUUUUUUAAGCUUCCCCGGGGUUCCUGAAGCCUGCAAAGAUUUAUUUGUGAAAAGUGAUGGCCGAGCGGGGAGCUCUGUCGCUCCUCUCUCUCCUCUGUCUCACCUUUCUCUACACGGAGACCACCGCGGCAAAGCAUGUCGACAAAGGUUCAGCGGCGCAGCCCUUCAUCCCCUUCUGGUUCACAGUGGAGCCCCAGGACACGCUGGCCAUUCGGGGCAACGCAGCGGUGCUGAACUGCUCGGCGCACAGCGACGCAGCCACGCCAGCGCGCAUCGAGUGGAAGAAAGAUGGCACCUUCAUGAGCCUGGUUUCAGACGAGAGACGGCACAUACUUCCCGAUGGCGUUCUGUUCUUCACCCAUGUGGUCCACUCUAAGCACAAUAAACCCGAUGAAGGCACCUAUCAGUGCGUUGCCACGAUCGAGAGCUUGGGAUCCAUUUCCAGUCGCACGGCACGUCUCUCUGUGGCAGGGAUGCCCAGAUUUUCCAGCCAGCCAGCACCGACCACUGUGCGUCUGGGGGACAGUCAGGUGAUGGCGUGUGAGGUCAACUCAGAUCUGGUGCCCUUCACCCGGUGGGAGAAAGACCGUCAGCCGCUGGAGCUGAGCACCAGGUUGGUCCAGCUGCCAAGCGGAGCCCUGGUGAUAAGCAACGCCUCGGAGGCCGACGCUGGCCUCUACCGCUGUCUGGUGGAAAAUGUGGGGUCAUCCAAGUCCAGCGACGAGGCCCAGCUCCAGACACUGCCAGAAACUGGAGAAGAGAGGAAGCUGGAGUUCCUGGUGCAGCCUGUGUCUGUGACCAAGGUGGUGGGCGCCAGCGUGCUGCUGCCCUGCGUGAUCACUGGAUAUCCUGCACCACACGUCCGUUGGAUGUUUGGAGAUAAGCUGCUACAAGAAAGUGAGGGCCGUGUGGAGGUUCUAGGAGGAGGAAGUCUCCAGAUCUCCAAUCUCACAGAGGAGGAUGCUGGCGUCUACACCUGCAUGGCGGACAAUUCUAACGCCACCAUUGAAGCCCAGGCCCAGCUCACCGUACAAGUUCCUCCCCAGUUUGUCAAGCGGCCAGCCAACAUUUAUGCCCAUGAAUCCAUGGACAUCGUCUUUGAGUGUGAGGUUUCAGGGUCGCCAGCUCCCACUGUCAAAUGGGUCAAGAAUGGAGAUGCUGUCAUCCCCAGUGACUACUUCAAAAUAAUUAAGGAACACAACCUGCAGGUUCUGGGUCUGGUCAAGUCUGAUGAGGGUUUCUACCAGUGCCUUGCAGAAAAUGAUGCCGGCAACAUCCAGUCCAGUGCACAGCUCAUCAUCUUGGAUCACGACGUAGCCCUGCCCUCUUUCCCUCCCCCCUCACUGACUCCUAACACUACUGACCAUGUAACGCCAGGCUCGGGAGGUGUAGCCGGCCCAGCAGGGCCCACCCCUUCUGCCCCACGAGACGUCGUGGCUUCACUGGUUUCCACCCGCUUCAUCAAGCUGACCUGGCGCCCUCCAGCCGAACCACAUGGAGACGAGUUAACAUACUCCGUUUUCUACAGCCAGGAAGGCACUAGCAGGGAACGAGUCGUGAACACCAGCCGUCCAGGGGAGAUGCAGGUCACCAUCCAGAAUCUCAUGCCAGACACCAAAUAUCGCUUCAGGGUUGUGGCCCACAACAGCAACGGCCAAGGAGAGAGCUCUGCAGCGCUCAAAGUGGCCACCCAGGCUGAAGUCCAAGUGCCGGGUCCUGCUCCCAACCUGCAGGCAGUAUCGAACACGCCAACCUCCGUCUCUCUGAGCUGGGAUAAGCCUCUCACUGGCAACGGGGAGAUCCUCACCUACAAGUUGUACUACACAGACAAAAGCGUUGGCAACGAACAGGACGUUGACAUAGAUGGUCAGUCCUACACCAUGACUGGGCUGAAGAAGAACACCGAGUACAGUUUCCGUGUGGUGGCCAACAACAAGCACGGUCCAGGUGUCUCCACUGAGGACAUCGUUGUUCGUACCCUGUCUGAUGUGCCAAGCGCCCCUCCUCAAAACCUCACUCUGGAGGUCCAGAACUCAAAGAGCAUCAUGCUUCGCUGGCAGCCCCCUCCCCUUAACGCCCAGAAUGGGGAGAUCACGGGCUACAAGAUCCGAUACCGGAAAGUAUCCCGGAGGAGUGAGGCAGCCGAGACCACCGGAGGCACACAGCUUAGCAAGCUCAUUGAUGGUCUGGAGCGUGGAACAGAGUACUCUUUCCGGGUGUCGGCCAUAACGGUGAACGGCACGGGACCGGCCACUGACUGGACCGCGGCGGAGACAUUCGAGAGCGACCUCGAUGAAUCACGUGUACCAGACCAGCCCAGUUCUCUCCACGUCCGGCCACUGAUCAACAGCAUCGUGGUGAGCUGGACGCCGCCAGAGAACCAGGACAUUGUGGUGCGCGGUUACACCAUCAGCUAUGGCAUCGGCAGUCCCCAUGCUCAGACCAUCAAAGUGGACUACAAGCAGCGUUACUACACUAUUGAGAACCUUGACCCCAGCUCGUACUACGUGAUCACACUGAAGGCCUUCAAUAAUGUGGGUGAGGGGAUUCCAGUAUAUGAGAGCGCCAUCACCAGACCACAGUCAGACCCCAUAGACCCCGAUGUUGACCUGUACGAACUCUUCCAUGCUCCAUACACCCCAGUACCAGACCCCUCCCCCAUGAUGCCACCUGUGGGUGUUCAAGCCUCCGUGCUGAGCCACGACACCAUCAAGGUGACCUGGGCUGACAACUCACUACCCAAGAACCAAAAGAUCACAGAUAACCGCUACUACACAGUGCGAUGGAAGACCAACAUCCCUGCCAACACUAAAGUGAAGAUGGCCAACACCACCAGCCUGAAUUACAUGGUGACGGGUCUGAAGCCCAACACACUGUACGAGUUCUCCGUCAUGGUGACCAAGGGCCGCCGCACCAGCACGUGGAGCAUGACUGCACAGGGCACAACAUUUGAGACCAUUCCCAGCUCUUCUCCGAAAGACGUGACUGUGGUGAGCAAAGAGAACAAACCUCGCACCAUAAUUGUGAACUGGCAGCCGCCCUCUGAGGCCAAUGGAAAGAUCACUGGCUACAUUAUCUACUACAGUACAGAUGUAAAUGCUGAAGUCCACGAUUGGGUUAUUGAACCAGUGGUGGGCAACCGCCUGACUCACCAGAUCCAGGAGCUGACUCUGGACACCACCUACUAUUUCAAGAUCCAGGCCCGAAACUCAAAGGGCAUGGGCCCCAUGUCUGAGGCCGUAAAUUUCCGCACUCCAAAGACCUCAAAUCUUCCGCCGAAGCCGGGACCUCCAGGCAACCAACAUCCGCACGACUCUGGAACUUCAGUUGAUAAAUCAGGGGUGGGAAGCAACAGUGAAAAUCACAUCCUGGUCAUAGUCAUCAUCAUCUCAGUGGGAGCCUUCACCAUCAUCGUGGUGGUGGUGGGGGCCUUCCUGUGCACACGGCGCACCACGUCCCACCAAAAAAAGAAGCGGGCCGCCUCAAAGUCCUCAAACGGCUCCCACAAAUACAAGGGAAACUCCAAAGACCUGAAGCCACCUGACCUUUGGAUUCACCAUGAGAGGCUGGAACUCAAACCCAUGGACAAGUCGCCAGAACCCAACCCAGUCAUGACCGAAACUCCCAUCCCCCGCACCUCUCAGGACAUCACGCCAGCUGACAGUGGCCUGGACACCAACCCACACCUGCAGCAGAGGCGCAACUCCUACCGUGGCCACGAAUCAGAGGACAGCAUGUCUACACUAGCAGGCCGACGAGGGAUGAGGCCUAAAAUGAUGAUGCCUUUUGACGCACAGCCGCCUCAGCCUGUGAUUAGUGCUCACCCCAUCCAUUCCCUUGAUAACCAUCACCACCAUUAUCACAUGGGCAGCCUGGCGUCGCCGACACGAAGCUACCUCUACCACCAGGGCAGCGGGCACCAACGCCCGCACGCCUGCGCCACCCCCAUCUCCCAUCUAGACAGGGUGGACUCUACAGAGUCAGUGAGAAACACCCCCAGUUCGGAACCUCUUCCUCCAGCCACCGCCUCCUCCCAGGCCUCUUGCCCCUCGGAGAUCCUGGCCGACCCUGAGGGCAGCUACCACGGCUCCACCACCACAGAGGAGGAGCCCAGCUACUCCAGCAACCUGCCCCCACACCGCUCAGCCCACCCGCACGCCCACGCCCACCCACUCAAGAGCUUUGCUGUACCAGCAAUCCCUGCCACCAGCCAUCCAUCAUACGAGUCGCCUGCCCUGCCCAGCACUCCCCUGCUCGCUCAGACUGGGCCUCCCACUCACCCCCACGUUGUAAAAACAGCCUCCAUUGGAACACUAGGAAGGACACGAACACCAAUGGCAGUCACCGUGCCCAACGCCCCUGAUGUGCCAGAGACCAGCAAGAUGCUGGAAGAUGUAGACAGCUGCCAUUGACCCAUCCCCCAGCUCGCAUCACCCCACCCAUUCAACUCCCCUUGUCCUCUGCGAAAGAUCCCUGACUGACCCUCUCCUCCUCUCCUUUCCUCUCCUCUUUUUUCUUCCCUUCCCUCCUUCCAGGUGCUUGCCUCCCUCCCUCCCUGCCCCUCCCCCGCCCCUCGCAGUAACCCUGUUCCUCUUCCUCAGAGCUACGAGCCCGACGAGCUGACCGAGGAGAUGGCCCACCUCGAGGGCCUGAUGAAGGACCUGAACGCCAUUACCACAGCGCCAUGAGCAUGCACACACACCUGCACACACACAGACACACUUUCUCUGUCAUCCACACGUACAUACAGAAAGACACACACUCUAAAGUCAAACUAACACACCCAAACAUAAACCUUGGGAGCCAGAGGCUGGUGGACACAAAAUGGCUUCUUGUGCCCAAGAAAACUCUCACAUCCCCCUGCAGAGAAAAAAAAAACUCCAGACUGAAACUUAGGAACUUUUUUCGGCUUACCUUGCUCAGUCUCAGGAAGGAGAUUGCCAUGGGAGGGAAGAAAAGUGAGACGCUUCAUCUUUUUAUGAAGAACCAUUCUCAGAGACAAUGAACUUUAAAACAUUGGUCGCUUUCAACCGGAAGAUUGUGAAUUUUUUCCUCAGCAAAAAUGCGAACGGUAGGAUUUUGUGGCGAACGCUCACUCAAGAUGAGACAGCGGUUGAAUCAAUGUCAAGUCAAUAGGAGAAAGUCCAAAAAUAUGCUGGUUUUGAUGUUGGUGCUCAUGCGGCGCAGUCUACACACAGUGUUUGUUUGAUUAGUGUUUUCUUUGUGCAUUUUGUGUAUCUAUUGGGCAGUUUCAGUGAAGUGAACAUUGGAUAUCAGCCUCCCUUUACAAGCCUACAUUAUUCAUAAACAUGGUCAUGUUUUUUUUUUUUUACCCCCUUGUGUCAUAUAUUGUGCCAUGACUUUUUAUCAUUUUCUAUGUUAUUGUAUUUUUUUUUUUUUUUACACACAUAUCCUUAUAAACAUGUACAUAUGUUGUUUUUUUUGGUUUUUUUUUAAACUGCCUCAUUCUUUUAAUGUUUCCCAUUGUUUCAUUAUUAUUAUUUGGGAUGAAAGUGGGAUUACAAAUGAGUCCUGAAGCUCAGUUUUCAUAUCAACAGGAGAGAGAAGCCUGAUGUGUUUCUACAGUACAUUCUUCUCUGGCAUUGUUUUGCCCCCUUUGUACCUUAAAAUGUCUUCUUUUUCAGUCUUUUGUUUGUUGUGGGAGCUCCGUUUUAAAAGCCUUACCAACGUGUUUGUAUGUUGGAUGGUCGAGACGACUCGGCCCUCCACAGAUGUCACUCGGUGUCACUUGCUGCCGUGGCAGUUUCUGUAUCGUUCUGUGGGACUUGACAGUAUCUCCUCACAGGUCUGGGGUACCUAGGACUCAGGGCGCUGACCCCCCCACCCCUCGUAUUAAAAAAAAAAAAAAAAACUUAAAUAAAAAAAACCUCACAUGGCACCCGCUCAAUCAAUCAGUCACCUGCAACAGACAAGUUAUCUUUUAUACGAGAUGUUCGAUCGAAUGUGUGUCAUUUCCAAACCAAUAUUUGGUUUCAGACAUCUGUACUGCUGAACCACGUGUGCAUUUUCCCCACAGCGGAGUGUGUUUGCUGUUUUUUCCUGCUGUACUUCAUCAAAUGCCACGCCCUGGUUCUUUUCCAAAUCUUAUAAGAUGCAAAGAUGUUGGCCUUUUGAAUGGGACUCCCAGAUUUUUUUUUACAUGGUAGUUUUUGUAUGAAGAAAAAAAAAGAAGCUUGUUCUAUACACAAAUCCGAUGUAAAAAGGAAAAAAAAGUUCAUCUAAGAAACUAGUUUUUCAUUACCCUCUUACCCAAAGAAAUUUGUCAUUUGCAAUCAUAGUAAUUUGCUCUACUUUUGUGAAUACCAUGUUUCUCAUAAAUGUACAUCGUCAUGAAUGUCAAUAUAACUGUAAGAGAUUUUAACUAUGGAUACAAACAAGGAACAAGUUUUUUGGGAAAAAAAAAAAGAUUGAAAACAAAGGGGGGAGAAAAAGGACCGGACUCCAUUUGGGAAAUAAUCUAUUGAGUUGUAAACAGUUGAACCUGUAUUGCACUUUUUCACAAUUUUUGAAAAGUACAUUUCUUACAUAUCUUGUGUUUUAAAUAUCAAAAGCUGUUUGUGUAACGUAGUGUCCUAGGUAAGCAGCAGGCAGCUGGUCUUGUUUUUUAUGUUUAUUUUUUUUUUUGCUUCAGAGAUGAUAUGAAUUUGAGCAGCCGAGUUGUUUACUUUGCAGCUCAUGAUGAGGAAUUCUGUUGUUGCUUGUUCAUGUACAGAGCUUUCUUUGCUUUCUGUAGAAAAAAAAAUCUGUGGCUUUUUAAAAAAUGUUGAAAAAAGGUUUGGAAAAAAAGAUGUUUUUUUAUUGGUGCUCCUAUACAUUGUGUAUACAAACUAUUAUGAAUACUAACAAAGUAAAUGUU